AUGCUCUUAAUCGAAGCAGUGCUGCUCAGUCUCUGCGUGGAUGCAAUUGUGAUAGUGCCCGCUGCCUGUCAAAGUGUGAUGGUGGAUAUUGAGCCAUGCUUCGGUAUCAGCAGUCCAACGCACAGGACCCAUCUCCGAUCUAUGUAUUCAGGCGCUGCCUAUGCUCUCAAAACACAGGGUGGAGAUAUUCCUCUCGUCGGUCAACCGUACAAUGGAUCCGCACAUCCCCAUGCGUGUGCUUUUGCCUUUGCUGCCCCUACACAUCCUCAAUUUCAUUUUGUUACUGUGUACAUUAAACAAGUUCAUUUGAAUAUUACUGCCGGCGUAGGUGGAGAAGCAAGUUUGGUAUUUAUGGGCAACUCGCACCCAACUGUUAAUCUUGCCACCGUAAGGCUCACAAAGAUGUUCCCCGUGAAGCGUGAUUUUUAUGUAGAUACGCAAGACUGGCCAAAGAAUUCUACUACCAUUUAUGUGUUUCUGAUUCACAAUUUUAUCGGGGAUAGAAGUGGAGAGGCUACACUCCAUUUGGACCUUGCUCUCACCCCAACGUAUCUUUGCGUGAUGUCACAGUUCCAGGUUCGGGGAUCUCAUGCUAACCUACGCAAUCCCUAUGAUAUAAGCCUGAUUAACUUAAAUGAAAUGUUUCAUCCCGGCUGGCUUAUUUGUACAACCCCGGUGGUUGCCAAUCGCUUUGGAUUUAAACUGACCUACCGUUUUGUAGCCUAUUGUGUUGACUAUCGUCUUAGCUGUGACGGCGUUGUCAACUGCCCAAGAGGUCCGACUACGCUAGCCAACAAAGUUUUUGCAACUCUUCCUCAGAGCAGCGCGGACGAGUACUCGAGGGGCCUCAUCUGUUAUGCGCCUUCCGUCAACUGGUUCUUGGUAGCGAUUGUCCUCUUCAGCAUCGUAAAUAUUGCACUUCUAUUUUUGAUAAGUUAUGUGGGAUUGCUGAGACGCUAUUCUCCACUUCGUUAUCUGCGUCUUCAAUCGCAAUGUCUUCGCUAUGGAUGCUGUUGCCUGCCCAUUCGAUGGCGCCAGAUAGUUGUGGGAAGCCCUUCUAUAUUCCGUCAACAUUCCAUCAGCAGCGCAGACCUCGAUAUACCUCGAAGUCCACCGACCUACGCUAGCGUAGAACAAGCCGACAAGGCGAAUCUCUUCGCCAGACAAUCAAAUCGUCACUUUCGAUGGGGACGUCAAAAAACAGUCACUGUUGCUAAAUCUAGUCACCAUCUACCACCCUCGUAUUCUGAUGUGAACGAAGAAAUCGGUGUUGCACCAGAAGGUGUGAUUAAAAAAAUGCAAACUCUCCAAGGUUCCUCCUCCUCUUGUUCAGGAGGAGGAGGACAUGUAAGCUCUUCGCCAAAAGUAAAACCGCUACCGCAACGUCUUCGAAGACCUACCCGUCGAAUUAAUCUUAGAGUUGAACUUAGAAUCGCCCUGAGACGUACUGUUUCCCGGACCAGAGCCCUUUUGCGUUCUGGCUUCCGAAUCGUGAGGUUUCGAUCUACGCCCCAACCAUUGCUGAAUUCCGAGGCUGGUGGAGAGGGGAGUUCAACAAAUCCCCUUCCACCACCAAAUUACUCGGAAUUUCUUAGUGGCGACUUUCCCAGAUAUCCAGCAACCGUGAUUGUGGACCACAUCAGACCACCUCCAUCCACUCCUACCGAAAGAAUACCUUUCCUAGGACCUAGACGACACCGACCACGUCGCAGAAACGUGUACCUUUGCAGUAGAAGGUAG